AUGUCGACCACCCCGAUAGUGCAAGGCUUAGCAGGUCGCAUACGGGGCCAGCCCGGAGGGAACACGGCCCCCAUCUUCCGUUCAGAGAAGGGGCAGUUGCCUAUGUUACACGUACCCCAUACAUUCCAGAAUAAUUUUGUUGCCGUUGUGGGAGAGUUUGUCGGAACCUUCAUGUUCCUUUUCUUCGCAUUUGCUGGUGGCCAGGUCUCCAACACCCCCAAGCCGGCUGAAGGAGCGCCACCAAAUACCUCGAACCUCCUAUAUCUCUCGCUGACCUUCGGAUUCUCUCUCCUUGUCAAUGUUUGGACGUUUUACCGUGUGACCGGUGGUUUAUUCAAUCCAGUGGUCACUUUAGCUCUCUGUCUCUGUGGGGGCAUGCAUCCUGUUCGCGGCGUCCUAGUCUUUGCUUCUCAAAUCGUGGCGGGGAUUGCAUCAGCGGGCGUGGUCAGUUGUCUGUUCCCAGGACCUCUAACCGUUCAGACUAGGCUGGGCGGUGGCACUUCAAUCUCCCAGGGCCUGUUCAUUGAAAUGUUCCUGACGGCAAACCUGGUAUUUGUCGUGAUCAUGUUGGCUGUAGUUAAGCAAAAGUCAACAUUUCUUGCACCUGUUGGAAUUGGCCUGGUCCUGUUUGUGAACCAACUAGUCGGAACCUACUAUACCGGCUGUGCCCUCAACCCGGCCCGUGCCCUUGGCCCUGACGUGAUCAACCGCAGCUUUCCAGGAUAUCACUGGAUCUACUGGGUAGGACCAUUGCUGGGGUCCCUCCUUGCGUGUGGAUUCUAUGGCUUUCUCAGCAUGUUUCAUUACGAAACUGUUAAUCCGGGCCAGGAUUUCAAUCAGUGGGAGGCUGCUGCGGGCCCCGGCCCGUGGCACGAAGUGAUAAACUGGCAUGCUGAUGGGCCAAACCCUUCACACUUACCAAGCGAUCAGUCGACCCACCAUCCAACUAGUGCGGCGAACACUGAUAGCAACAGUGGACCAUCUGAUAAGGAGUAUGGUAAUGAGCAGGUGUAA